AUUCUCAGCGGACACUGAUGCGCACAACAUAACAAAGCCUUUCUCCCGUUUCCCCUGCGCUCUCUCUCUCUCUCUCUCUCUCUCUUUCUCUCUCUCUCCCGAGGUUCUCUCCUCUAUCCCAUCUCCCCUCCUCUGCUCUGCACCUGCUCCUCCCCUCCUGCCUUAUUAUCCUCAGACUCAGAGCUGCGCUCAGUCUUCGCCAAGUGAUGCUCCUCAGCGGCGCACGUCGAUGGCAUCUCUCCGCCCGCUGCAGGGAUCAGCGCUUGGGCUUGUUUAUCUCCUGUGGAAACACACACUGAAGGGACGCCAGAACAUGGGAAAUUAACGGGGCUUUUUGUGAGAGUGAGCUGGAGGAGGCUAUAGGACGACGAAGAAGCACCCAAGUCCCAUCCGAGAGAAGAGGGAGGAGGAGGAGGGGAACUCCGGGGAAACGGUCCCGCCGGGACGGGGGAACGCAGCGGAAGGUUCUGUGCUUUAAAUAGUUUAAAAUGGACUCAAGAUGAUUGUUUUUGUUUUUUUGCUCGUGAAGAAUUAAAGCACGGGAUUUUAACGGAGGGGGUUCCUGGAGUUGCGGUCGGUCGGUGCAUUUGUGUUUGUGAUGGAGUGAGUGAGAGACAGGGCGCACGGUAACUUCAGCCUCGCCAUGAAAUCAGUGUUUUUCAGCCGCUUCUUCAUCCUGCUGCCCUGGGUCCUUAUUGUCAUCAUCAUGAUCGACAUCGACAGUAAAAGAACAAUCCGGGGUCCGGCAGCCGCUCGGACUGGCAGGGCGCAGAGGGCGGCCCGGACCGGCGCACCGGGGAUAGGUAGCGCCCAGAACCAGACCGCCCUGCCGGUCAUCUACGCCAUUACUCCGACUUACACCCGCCCGGUGCAGAAAGCUGAGCUGACCCGUUUGGCCCACGCCUUCCGCCAGGUGCCCCGUUUCCACUGGAUCGUAGUGGAGGACUCGACGACGCGCACAGAGCUGGUGGCGCGCUUUCUGGCCCGGUGCGGCGUGCCGUACACACACCUGCAUGUAUUCACUCCGCGCAGGUUCAAGCGCGCCGGGAUGCCACGCGCCACCGAACAGAGGAAUGUGGCUCUCGCGUGGCUCCGGCAGCACCGGAGCAAGCGGGACGCCGGGGUGGUGUUUUUCGCGGAUGACGACAACACGUACAGCCUGGAGCUGUUUGAAGAGAUGCGCAGUACUCGAGGUGUGUCUGUUUGGCCGGUGGGUUUUGUAGGUGGUAGAGCAUACGAGCGCCCCCUGGUGUCCGGGGGUAAAGUUGUGGGCUGGUACACCGGCUGGAGACCGGACCGACCUUUCGCCACCGACAUGGCUGGUUUUGCGGUGAACCUCCAGGUGAUCCUGGCAAACCCGCGGGCGCAGUUCAAGCGGCGUGGCUCCCAGCCGGGGAUGCAGGAGUCUGACUUCCUCAAGCAGAUCACCAAGGUCACCGACCUGGAGCCCAAAGCCAACAACUGCACCCGGGUGCUGGUUUGGCACACUCGCACAGAGAAACCACACCUUGCAAAUGAGCCCAAACAUCGGAAAGACACCGUGGUCAUCGAGGUGUGAGAGGAAGAACCGAGCAGUGGAUCCAAAAACCAGAAGCUGAUUGUGGCUGGCCAUCAUCUCUUGGCUGGGACUAAUGGCAACACCCUGCUUUCUCUCCUUAUCGGGCCAGUACAAUCUGUUCACGGUGGACACAGACUCUGAGGAGCUGCAUGAUUCAAGACUUCUGGCUGGCUGUUGGUCAAACGUGCUCUGUGAGAACUGGACAACACUGGAUAUGUUUAUUUUACAAACUGGGAUGACUUGGACUUCAUUUCCUCCAUCCACAGCUUGCUGAUGUAAAAAAACUAAAGUAUAAAUGUAAAAAAAAAAAAAAAAGAAGUGCCAUGUGAAUCAUUGUCAUUUUUAAUCAUUAAUACAUCAUCGUCAAAUUAACUGUGAUGCUGUGAUAUAAUUACCUUACAAACAAGGCUUGUGGUCCAGAUAUCAUAUGACAGUGGUGUUGUGAUGAUGUUUCUUUAAGCAGAUCAGAAAAUCCAUAGCAAUUUCAUGCCUGUGCAUAAAGUCAUAUGCAGUCAUACAGCUAGCUUAGUUUAAAACUCUCCAGGGGUAAAAAAAGAAAAGAAAAACGCCCACCAGAACCAGCACAUAUUAACACACUUCAUCACGUACAUUUAACCUGUACAUAAGCAGAAAACUCACUAUUUGUGGUUUUAGAGGAAGUUACGCUGGCAACAACAGUCAGACAUGAAGAAAUAUCUGUAUCUGUGAAUAUCUGUAGCUCCGCUGUAAAACUGCAAAUUGUGAUUUUUACAAGAAAAUCUGUCAUUGUUUUCAACAGAUACAUUGUGUUUACUAUCUUUAAAGGUGCUGGUAGGUGUAUUUUUUACUUUAAAGAGCCAAGCUAGCCCCUUUCCCCUGCUAAGAUAAGCUAAGCUAGGCUAACAACCACACACCAGCUCUGUACUUCAAAACACAUGAAAUUGACAAUUAUUUUCUCAUCUCACUUUACAGUGUAUUUCUCAAAAUUAUUUCCAACCACACUUCCUAUAACCCUAGCUGCACUUCGUUCACUGAGUGAAUUAAAAUGUUGGAAGGAAUUCAGCCUUUCACUUUUGAUCACCUACCAAAAGUAUUAGGUGUGCUUGUUCUGAAAGAACUGCACCCUCUCUUUAUGUCUUCAUGGUGACUCAUACUUGGAAAAUGCCGAGUGGCAACCUCUGUGGCGGCAAGAGAAGCUGACACAGAAGGGCCAAGAACUGCAGUUCCUCAAACGGCCACUUGAGGCUGGCUCCAGAAGUGAGUCAGUCUCCAUAAGU